CACGCGGUUGUAAUAAUGACGAGGGUGUUCUUUGAAAAGAUGAUAAAACCUUUUCAGUUUCCCAUAGAAAAUAUCGCCAUCUUUGAAAUCCUCUCAUUACUCUCUCCCCUUCCCAGUUUCAAGUUACCGAAAAGCUUUAAAACUUUACAGAAAAAUGGAGGAAUCUCGCAUCCUCGAUGAACCAGAUGGCGAUACUGCGGAUCCUCUCCUUCCCAUUCCAGAGAUGAUGUUUGCGGCGGGCGAAGAACCGGUUGGAGUCAGAGUUCAUACCUACCAAUCCUUUAGAGCUAUCAAUCACAUUCUCUAUCAGCUGGAAGAAGAUGAGAUCGGGAGAAUACGCAUGUCUCCCUUUGGUAAGAUUGUUGAAAUCGCGGAGAAGCUGGGUUUUUCGAGAAUAUUUGCAAGAUACAUGUUGUCGAGGCAAUUGAAAGUGGAAAAAAGCACGAGGCUUGGUUUCGGUUUGCGGGGAAACCGAUUAGGUUUUCUCUCGCGAGUUCGCCAUUGUAACAGGCCUCAACUGCUGUGAAUAUCCAAAAAAGACGAAGGUGAAGUCAAAGACGAAGAUGAAGGAGAAACCUUAUUGGGCCGAGCUAUUUGGGAAUAGAGAGGAGAUUCGGGUUUCGGCAGCCUUAGAGCUACUUAGGAAAAAACGGUUACUGAUCCAGAAUUAAGGAUAAAGGUGGCGUGUCUCGCGAUUGUGUCUUCGGUGCUACUCUCUACAAACCUGAAGAUGAAGAUGAUUAAAGAACAUGAAGAGGCUACGAAAUACCUGGAUCAGUUCUUUUCGUAUCUUUGGGGUCGACUGGCGUUUGAAAUGCUUAUGAACAGUAUAAAGCAAAGAGACGAGGUCACCUUCUCCAAUGACACAAUAGCGCUAAAAGGUUUUGCGUUGGCCCUGCAACUACUACUGGUAGAGGCUGUACCGUCUCUAACUGAAGUGGUACUUGAAACUGUUGCAUCUUCUGAUUCGGAUAGCAGCGACAAUGGAGAUGAUUUCGUGCAAGAAAAAAAACAAACAGAAGACAUUGAGCCCCGGUCAUGCACGUAAAGAAGACAAAAAAAAAACCUAUGUUUUGGUUAGAAGCAUAAUCUCUGAAGAUCCGGAUAGACCCAUAGAUGAUGCUACACUUGUAUGGGCAGACGAGGUGGUGGACGUGAAAGUCGAUAAUCUGCUGAAGCUUAUAGAGCAAGGUUACUCUUUCAACGUUAAGAUGUUCAAAGGAGGCGCUACCAAACUUGAUGUGGAAAGAUUGCGUGACAUAGCCAAGGCUGUGUGUAAGAAGAAGCGGAAAAAGAACCCACUGCCACACAAGGAAACGGAGGACGAAAACUGUGUUGAAGGCCUUGUUAUGUCAAUUCUCAAAACCGAACUCCAAAAAGUUGAUGCAAAUGUGGCCAAAGCUACCUCCGUUGCCGAAAAAACUGCCGCCCAGGUUGACUCCUUUGAGACAAAAUUCAUGGUUUCAGUUUAAAAUCAUCUUCAGACAGUCAAGGAUGAUAUCAUACGCUCGGUCAUGGAGGUUCAGAACAAUGCAAACUUCAGAACACAGGCGCUGGGUCCGACAGUAAACACUGAUGUAAAUGGCGAAGAAGAAGGUGAUAACGCUCACCCCAAACGUGACGGCAGAGUAGCAUCAGUGUUGGAGGGAUCACAUGGAAGGAUAAGUAAUUCUACUUCACUCAUGAAUAACAAAGAUCAACCGUUGGAGGAUGACUUCUUAUCAUCCAAUAGCCACACCAAGGAAUCUACAAAAGUCUCGUCAAGAGCGGAGCUUAAUGACAACAAUGUUUCACGUGAGAUACUCGGAGAGGUGUCAGAAAGAUCUUAUAAUCUUGUCCUCUCUGGUUCAGCCAAUAGUCAGAUUGACUUAGGUGUUCCCAAAACGGCGGGUCCAUCUUCAUCGGUUCUAGUCAACACAGAAGCAAUCACGCCUCUCAUCAACCCUUCCCCCCAUGAUAUGAUUGACACUGUCGCAGAACAUAGUGAGGAAGAAUCAGAAGACGAUCCAUCACAACCUCUGUUAAGUCCGAAAAGCAAGCGCACUAAGGUGCUUCCAUCUGAACUUGUGCAAGAAAAUGAAUCUGGGGUUAAUAUACUUAACCGAGCUCGUGAAGCAGAACCCCUUUUUACUGCUUAUUCCGACCCUGAUUUGGUAAUGUCCAAAUAUACCAAGCUCCUCGGUAACUAAGCAACAACUUUGUUAUAAAUGUUGUCGGGCAUGCAGUAACUUCGAAGGACAUCACGGGAAUUGUAGAACUCAGCCGUUCGUUACCAGCUAGGAUUAUUGAUAUCUUGGUGAGGUUUGUCCGCACCACAUACAACAGGGCACCUAAUUCUAGCUGUGAAAGGAGUCCCAAGUUUCUUGACACCAGAUAUGUUGUCUUGUUGCUGAAGCAUUAUCCAAAGUUUGAGCGUUCAAAAUCACCAGAUUCCUAUAAAUUCCCGAAAGAUCUUGUUCAGUACCUUGGUCAUGAGGACCCGACAAUUCCUCAUUUCACUCAUUACUAUUUUUCGUUUGAUCUAGGAAACAAAGAAUGGGUUGUUGUGUGUUUCGCCCGCUCCAAGUGGAAGUUAACUGUUCUUAACUGCAAUAUGCCGCUCCGUUCUGAUGGUGAAAUGGCCAAACUACUGCACUCCUUUACCCAGAUGAUCCUCUCACUUUUGAAGCGUACCGGACAGCUCUCUACUACUGCUUCUUAUCCGGUGGUUGUGAUAGAUAAGCCUAAAGUGGUUCAUCAUAACAGCAACCGAUCACAUUCCGCUCUAACAUCCAUAUGCAAACGCAUGCAAUGUUUGGGAUUGACAUGUGUAGGUAUAUCACUCCCACUCGUCUCAAGGAAGAAGCACAAAGACUUGUAGUGAUGUUCUAUGAAAUACAUGAGAAGCUCUAGACGAACACUCGAGUGAAGAGAGAACAACAUCUGAACUGUCUCCGUUUUUCAAACUUUCCAUCUAAGCUAUGUUUAUUUAUCUACUUUUUAUCUAUGUCGUUGAAUUCCACCAACUACGUUCGAAACCUGUGUUGUAUUUGGAAUAUCAAACGUUUAAUCGGUUUAUUUAGUAUUUUAUUUAAAAAGCUGUUAAUUUCUAUGGCUUUUUCACA